AUGCCGCUGGGGAUUCAUAACCCGCUGCCGUCGUCUUUGAGCAGUGAAUGCAAGAAGGCGGCCAAGAUUUUGACCUCUUUCGUGGACCCCAGGCAGGCUUUCGGUCCCGACAAGAUCAUUCCGCCAGAAAUUCUGGCUAAUGCGAAGGGCCUCGCCAUUCUCACAGUUCUCAAAGCUGGAUUCAUCGGUUCUGGUCGAUUUGGUUCCGGUAUCGUCGUCGCCCGUCUCGCUGAUGGCUCCUGGUCGGCCCCCUCGGCGAUUGUGACCGCUGGCGCUGGUGUUGGUGGACAGAUUGGGUUCGAGCUGACAGACUUCGUCUUCAUUCUCAACGACGCCUCCGCCGUGCGCGCAUUCUCGCAGUUUGGAACACUUACCCUGGGCGGUAACGUCUCGCUUGCCGCAGGACCAGUCGGCCGCAACGCCGAAGCCGCCGGCGCGGCUAGCACCCGUGGAGUCGCUGCGGUCUUCUCGUACUCGAAGACCAAGGGUCUCUUCGCUGGUGUCAGUUUGGAGGGUAGCAUGCUUGUGGAGCGCAAGGAUGCCAACGAGAAGAUGUAUCGCAGCCGUGUCAGCGCAAGCCAGCUUCUGACCGGUAGCGUGCGACCGCCGCCGUCAACUGAUGCGCUGAUGCAUGUCCUCAAUUCCCGCGCCUUUCAAGGAACUGCACGCGCGAACGGCGACGCGAUGUACAAUGACAUGCCCGUCUAUGAUGAUAGCCACGACGAUGUCGUCUGGGAGGGACGGAAAGGCGAGGCCUAUGGCCAGGGCACACGCAGCAAUCGCAGCCGUUCGAGCACCGUUGAUGAUACUGGUGGCUACGAAUACCGUGACAAGCCGCGCCGCGCCACUACCUCCUGGGACGAUGAUGUAUAUGACAGGCCCGCGGGGGGCCUGACCCGCUCCGCGACAACUCGUGCUCCCAUGAAUGACUCAUAUGGUGACUAUGGACGCAGCCGGAGCAAUACCGCGCCGUUCGACGAGGACUACAGCUACUCGGACCGCCGUCCUUCCCGCCCGACUGCUCCCAAGCCGGUCUUCGGGCAACGGACGGGCCAGGGUGCGGCGCUGCGGCAGGACCAAGCGAUUGCACUCUAUACCUUCGAUGCGGACCAAGACGGUGACCUAGGAUUCAAGAAAGGUGAGAUUAUCACGAUUUUGAAGCGCACAGAGAAAGCGGAGGAUUGGUGGACUGGCCGGAUCGGCGAUCGCGUCGGCAUUUUCCCCAGCAAUUACGUUGAUGCCUCUUCUUAA